AUGGAUUCUUCCACUGAGGGAGAUAAUGCAAAAAAGUCUAUUAAAGUAUUUUUUACAAAAAACAAAGCAAAAAGAGGUAAGAUUGACCAAAAGGUUUACAAUUGCGUUUUAUUUAAAAAUGGCAUAGACAACUUUACUGCAAUUCAAAACAUCAGUAAAUAUCUGAGAUUACCUCCAAAGAAUAUUAAUGCUGCUGGUAUUAAAGAAAAAAGAGGAAUCACUACUCAUCUUAUCAGUAUUGCUAUGAGUAAUACAUCAGCUGAGAUACUCAAUCAAAGAUUCCAAAAUUCUAGAUGGAACAAAAUGAAAUUCUAAAAUGUUAAAGAUGCUACUUCUAAACUCAGAGCUGGUGAUUUGUACGGAAAUAGAUUUUCAUUAGCAAUUAAACUGGUUUCUUACGAAGAACAAGAAGUCAUAAAAGCAGUUGAAGACCUUAAAAAAUUAAGGUUUAUCAAUUAUUUUGGUAUGCAACGUUUUGGCACAAAUAAUAGCAUUCAUACUCACGAAAUAGGUUUACUCAUCCUAAAAAGACAGUAGGAAUAAGUUUUUGAUUCAAUAGUUGGAUAAGAAACAAACGAUAAAAGAGUAAAUGAAGCUAAAAAAGCUUUCUUAAAGGAUAAAACUUAAAUUAGAGAUGCUUUGAGGGGCAUUCCCUUUAAAUACAAAAUAGAAAGAACAUUAUUGUAAGGUUACGAAAGAGUAGAUAUGAAAAAUAAUUUCCUAUAAGCCAUUUGA